AUAGGGUCCCCCGGAGCCGGCCUUCGGAGGCGCGGCGGGGGAGGAGGCCUGGGCCUGCGGGCCGGGAGCAGCUAGGGAUCUGCCGGUGGGCGGGCGGGAGCACGAGGCCCCGGGCCGGGCGCGGGCGGAGGCGCGAGUGGGGCGGGCGAGCCCGGCGCUCCCUCCCCAUGGCCGGGAGCGGGCCGCGGAGGCGGCGGCGGCGCUGACAGGCUCAGGGCGGGGCGGCCGGGGGCCCGGGGCCCUGGGGAAGAUGAGCGCCCUCCUAGAGCAGAAGGAGCAGCAGGAGAGGCUGCGGGAGGCAGCGGCCUUGGGGGACAUUCGGGAGGUGCAGAAACUGGUGGAGAGCGGGGUGGAUGUGAACUCCCAAAAUGAGGUCAACGGCUGGACCUGUUUACACUGGGCAUGUAAACGCAACCAUGGACAGGUGGUGUCCUACCUGCUACAAUCAGGAGCUGACAGAGAGAUUCUUACAACAAAAGGAGAAAUGCCGGUACAGUUAACAUCAAGGAGAGAAAUCAGGAAGAUUAUGGGAGUGGAAGAAGCUGAUGAUGAUGAGAUCCCCGAGCUGAAGAAGGAGUCAGAACUGCCCUUUGUUCCCAACUAUCUGGCCAACCCAGCCUUCCCUUUUAUCUACACUCCUGCAGCAGAAGACUCCACCCAGUUGCAGAAUGGGGGCCCUUCCCCACCUCCAGUGUCACCUCCUGCAGAUGGCUCGCCUCCAUUGCUUCCCCCCACAGAACCCACUCUGCUGGGGGCCUUUCCCAGGGACCACAGCUCUUUGGCACUGGUCCAGAAUGGUGACAUUUCUGCCCCCUCUGCCAUACUUAGAACACCAGAAAGCACAAAACCUGGUCCUGUCUGUCAGCCACCAGUGAGUCAGAACCGCUCCCUGUUCUCUGUCCCAUCCAAGCCACCCGUGUCUCUGGAACCUCAGAAUGGGACGUAUGCAGGGCCAGCGCCAGCAUUCCAGCCAUUUUUCUUCACCGGAGCAUUUCCAUUUAAUAUGCAAGAGCUGGUACUCAAGGUGAGGAUUCAGAACCCAUCUCUUCGUGAAAAUGAUUUCAUUGAAAUUGAACUGGAUCGGCAGGAACUCACCUACCAAGAACUGCUCAGAGUGAGUUGCUGUGAGCUGGGUGUUAAUCCAGACCAAGUGGAAAAGAUAAGAAAGUUACCUAAUACUCUGUUAAGAAAGGACAAAGAUGUUGCCCGACUCCAGGACUUCCAGGAGCUGGAAUUGGUUCUGAUGAUAAGUGAGAAUAAUUUUCUGUUUAGAAACGCUGCAUCCACACUGACUGAGAGGCCUUGCUACAACCGGAGAGCUUCAAAACUGACAUACUAAUGCAGCAAGGACUUUAUCACUGAGUAUUGUGACAGUAUGUGUCACCUCUGGGCCAAAGGACAAGCCAUCAAUCCCAAAGCCUCGGAUGCCCACCAGGGCCCCUGGUGCCACUGCAUAGUGUUCACUAACACCCCGCCUCAGCAGGCAGGGAGCCCCACCCCCCAGCAGCGGUGCCACUCUUCCAAGCCUCUUGGUGCACAAUAAACUAUUGCUGAAUCUUUGAACA